CAACAGGGAUGCUCCAGUCUGCUGUCAGACACGUGACUGUAGCCAGAAAUUCAAUUGGAUUUAGGAAGACUUGCUCGCUCCCUGCUCUGAUACAGAUACCACGUAUCCUUUUUCAUGCCACUGCGCGCGUCGCACAUGGCAGUGGCAAAGAUCUGAAAAAUGCCCCGCGCAUCAACUUGCACUGGAUUGGAAAGAAAGGGGAGGAAUUCACCACGGACGGCAUUGUCGGAGAAAGUAUCCUGGAGGCCGCACAUCGGCAUGAAGUGGAACUUGAAGGCGCGUGUGAAGGCGUGUGCGCCUGCUCUACCUGCCACGUGAUAUUGGAAGAACCCGUGUUUGAGUCGUUGGAGGACCCAUCGGAGGAGGAGGAGGAUAUGCUCGACCAAGCUUUUGGCCUGACGCCCACAUCUCGCCUGGGAUGUCAAGUAGAACUGAGCCAAGACAUGGAUGGGUUAAAAAUCAAGCUUCCAUCAGCGACGCGGAACUUCUACAUAGACGGCCAUGUGCCCAAACCCCAUUAGAAGGGGUCAACUUCUCUCAGAGCUCGAGGGAAAUUUUGGUACGAACAAGGCGGGGAGCAAGUGUCAAUAUUGAAUGUUUCUUGUUGUACGAGGCUCAAAUGUGCUUAAUCACUAAAGACAAUUGUGCGUGGAAGCAGUACAAUC